AUGUUUUUAGGUGCACUAAGUGUCCUGCUGAUUUUUUAUAUUUUAUGGGUUGUUGAAAAAAGGAAAGAAAAUUCAAAAUCGAAGACUGUGAUUGGUCAUGUGGCGAUAGAUCCGGUAAAAAUGGAGCUCUCAGUGGAUGAAGAUUCGGUGACACUAAUAGGUGAAGUAACUACCGGUCUUGUCCUCGUCGAUAUUGUUAACGACUUCUGUUCGGUCGGUGCAGGUCAUCUGGCUCCAAAAGUACACGAUAAACAAAUAUCUAGAAUGGUUGAUGAGUCAGCACAACUCGCCAGAACAUUCUGCAAAAAAGAAAUGGCCCGUGUUUGCUUUCCUGCUCAUCAUCCAGAUGUCCCCGAGCCCCCAUAUCCUCCUCAUUGUAUAGCCGGGACCGAUGAAGCCAACUUGGUUCCCGCCCUGCAGUGGUUGGAAAACGAAUCAAAUGUGACACUUCGACGCAAAGACUGCAUUGAUGGAUUUGUUGGUUCUUUUGAGAAAGACGGAUCCAAUGUCUUUGUAGAUUGGGUGAAAAAACACCAGAUUGAAGCCGUAUUGGUUGUUGGGAUAUGCACGGAUAUAUGUGUACUGGACUUCGUGUGUUCUGCGUUAUCUGCAAGAAAUCGUGGUCAUGUUACUCCUCUUAGAGAUGUGAUCGUAUAUUCGGGUGCGUGUGCAACUUUUGAUCUUCCGGUUCAUGUUGCCAGAAACAUCCCUGGUGCUCUUGCUCACCCUCAGGUACGCUUGUUUAACAUUGAUGUUUGCAGCAAAUUAAACCGUUAAAUAUAACUGAACGGGUUAAA